AUGAGGAUGGCCGAGCAGAAGAUGAUGUUUCAUCGCAAGUCUGUGGUAGCGGCUAGCCUUUGCGCUGCAGCAGUUCUCGUUCUCACCUACAAUGUUCAAACUGCGCAGCGGGAUCCAGUGGCCCUGCAGUACACCAAGCUGACGGGCGAUCGACCGCUGAUGUUCUCCAGCGCUCACUGGGACUCUGUUGACCUUCCGCAAGACACCAGCCGCAAACAGAUGCUGUUUGCUGACUCGGGCUUGUCAUCCGAUGGAAACUUUCAAGCGGCUCACUUCGACUCCACGAGACUCCCUGAGGAUAUGAUGGAUGAUUCGACGAGCUCUGCACGGAAGAAGCUCUCGAGCCUAUUCUCAGCGAAAUCUAAUGGCGUGAGCAGAACCAUGGCAGGAGAAAUAGCGGAUAAUGGAGCAGCGAUCUUGCGGAAGACAAGUUUUCGUACGGUCAUCGAUGAUUGCAAGCUCAAGUCAAACUGUCAGAACUUGAUUGGGAAAAGGCUGUGGAACGUGAUAUCUAGCAGAGACAACCAGCCGAAUCUUAAAAUCAUGCAUGAUUACGAUGAUGAUAGAAAAAGGCAAGAGUUAAAAAUCGAGCGGGACUACAACAAGGACUCCGACAAGAAGUUCAUAGCUGACAACAGUGCUCAAAACUGGGAAAAGCUUCAAGACUUGAUGAGCCAAAAGCAAGCAUCUGGAGAUGGACAGACUCUUAAGCAAAUUCAGCAGAUAAAAUCUGAGAAUAUUCCUGAGGAUGAGAAGCGAAUCCUUAUUGAUCAAAUCGAGAGGAAAGGCAAAGUUCAGAUGCAGGCGAUGAAUCUAAAUCAUGGUUACCAGAGUGAAACCUCACUGAUCUUUGGUGGAGAUCACAACAAUGCCAUGCAACCCAGCCCAAAAGAGCAAGCUGAAGAGCUAGCUGAAGCAAAAAAAAUGAUUUCAAGGCCUUCCGAAGCUCAGGUUUUGGAGAAAUACCAAACGAAGGCGAUUCAUUCUAUGAACAACAAGAAAGCCGAUCGAUCCCGUCAAAGGAGCCAGCAACAAGUGAGAGCAUGGACAGAAAAUGCUUCUGAGAUCCGAAAACAGAUGAAUAGUCAGGACAAUUCAGGGUCUAAUCAAGUGAAUUCAAAUGGGGCAGAAAGUGAGCAUUCAUCGUAUAGCGGCAUGCAGUCUAGGAGCCGUUUAGAGCAAAAAGAGGCCAACGCGGAGCUGAAAUCGUAUGACAUCCCCGUCGAAUCAGCAACAGAGACUCACAGCCACAAGGAUGUACUUGCAGAUGCACAUCUUGAUGACGUGCAGACAGCACAACCAUCUGAAAGUACGCAAGUUUCCGCCAGCCAGAUGUCUGGGAACGGGGAAGACUGCUUCCUAUCUGGCGGACGAAGGGUCAAGUGCAAGGAUAUUGUGAGACUGGGGAAGCUGAUGAGGAAGGUAUACGGCAAGAAAGCUUCAGACAUCGCCCUGGUGGCUAGGGACAAGUCUUGGGAUCCCACCAAGGUUUACAACAAAGAGCGUGAAGCCGAGGAAAUGCGGCAAAGCAAGGCCGUUAUCGAGCCGCAUCCAGUGCACUCUGUUCUACCUCUGCACAGUGAUGUCAGCAAAAAGAUCCAUGAGAUGAACCUGGCGGAGGUGCCCAAGUCGCAUCUGAAGAGGAGGACUGAUAGGCUCGGAUCGUUGUCAAAGAGCCUCGCUAACGUCAUCGGAUGGUGA